GUCUGCAAAUCCGGGUCCGGGAAGCCGGGGGAGCGAGGUGGUCGCGGGGUCCGCGGGCUGGGGAGCGGAAACCGGAUUCCGGUUACGGGGGGCCGAGGGAGUGGCGGACGGAGCGGUCUUCGCUGCUCGGGGCCCCCAAGUUCUGCGCCGCAGGCGCGCACCCGCCAGCCAAUCAGCGUGUAGAGCAGGCACGUCCCCGCCCCCAGCCCUGCUCCCCGCGGCGGGGUCUCGUGACCGGGCGCGGGGCAGCGGUCAAGGUCUGGCUGCCAGCGCCUCCCUCGCUGUGGACACGGGCUGCCCCGUCCCUCGGGGCGAUCCCACGGCGGAAUGAAGUGGGCGGUGAUGAUCCGCGAAACCCUCACAGUGCGAGCCCACGCAGACCCCGGGGAGGCGUCCGGCUGAUUAUGGAGUGCGGAGGCCCUCUGGCCAAAUCGUGUUGGUUGCUGCUGCUGCUGCUGCUGCUGCCGCCAUCUCAUAACCACCAGGGACAGGGUCUGAGACAGAUCACCCCCACCCAGGGGAUCCAGGACCCUCCUGCUGUGCACCUCAGCAAUGGCCCAGGACAAGAGCCUGUUUCUAUCAUGAUCUUUAACCUCACCAAGAUCACAAAAUUCUCCUCCUCCUUUGAGUUUCGAACCUGGGAUCCAGAGGGAGUGCUUUUUUAUGGUGAUAUCAACCCAAAGGAUGACUGGUUUGUGCUGGGACUUCGAGAUGGCAGGCCUGAGGUCCAACUGCACAACCCCUGGGCCCAGCUUACCGUGGGUGCUGGCCCCCGGCUGGAUGAUGGGAAAUGGCACCAGGUAGAAGUGAAGAUCCUGGGGGACUCAGUGCUGCUGGGGGUGGAUAAGGAAGAGGUGCUGCAUCUGAGACAGGUCUCUGGGCCCCUGGCCGAAAAGCCCCAGCCCGUCAUGAGGAUUGCAGUUGGGGGACUGCUGUUCCCCGCCUCCAACCUCCGGUUGCCGCUGGUACCUGCCCUGGAUGCCUGCCUGCGCAGGGAUAACUGGCUGGACCCACAAGCCCAGAUUUCAGUGUCUGCCCCCACUGGCCUCAGAAACUGUACUGUAGAGUCCCAACCUGGGAUAUUCUUCCCUCCAGGAACUCAUGCAGAGUUCAGUCUCCGAGAUAUUCCUCAGCCGCACGUAGAGCCCUGGGCCUUCUCUGUGGACCUGGGACUCCAGCUGGCAGCAGGCUCUGGCCACCUCCUUGCCCUGGGGACCCCAGAAAACCCUUCUUGGCUCAGCCUCCAACUCCAAGAUCAAAAGGUGGUGCUGUCUUAUGGGUCCGGGCCAGGCCUGGAUCUGCCCCUGGUCUUGGGACUCCCUCUUCAGCUGAAGCUGAAUGUGUCCAAAGUGCUCUUGAGCCAGGGGCCAAAGAAGAUCCUCGCUCUGCCGCCCGUGGGCCUUGACUCCCUCCUCAGCCUCUGGGCCCACCCCCAGGGGCGUCUCUUCCUGGGGACUUUGCCAGGAGAGGCCUCUUCUGCCUCCUUUUGCUUGGACGGCCUUUGGGCACAAGACCAGAGGCUAGACAUGGAUCGGGCCCUGAGCAGAAGCCAGGACAUCUGGACUCACAGCUGUCCCCAGAGCCCAGGCAAUGCCACUAACACCACCCAUUAAAUCCCCACCUAAGAACUCCCUUUGAACGU